UCCACAGUAACUGAAGCCGGCUUUGGUGCUGACAUUGGCAUGGAGAAGUUCUUCAACAUCAAGUGUCGAGCGUCUGGUCUGGUGCCCAACGUCGUGGUGCUCGUGGCAACAGUGCGCGCUCUGAAGAUGCACGGAGGCGGGCCCAGUGUAACUGCUGGUGUCCCUCUUAAGAAAGAAUACACAGAGGAGAACAUCCAGCUGGUGGCAGAUGGCUGCUGUAACCUCCAGAAGCAAAUUCAGAUCGCUCAGCUCUUCGGGGUUCCCGUUGUCGUGGCUCUGAAUGUCUUCAAGACUGACACCCGGGCUGAGAUUGACUUGGUGUGUGAGCUCGCGAAGCGGGCCGGCGCCUUUGAUGCGGUCCCCUGCUACCACUGGUCGAUGGGUGGAAAGGGGUCGGUGGACCUGGCCUGGGCUGUGAGAGAAGCUGCAAGUAAAAGAAGUCGUUUCCAGUUCCUGUAUGAUGUUCAGCUUCCAAUUGUGGAAAAGAUAAGGACCAUUGCACAGGCUGUCUACGGAGCCAGAGAUAUAGAACUCUCUCCUGAGGCACAAUCCAAAAUUGAUCUUUACACACAACAGGGUUUUGGAAAUUUGCCCAUCUGCAUGGCAAAGACCCACCUUUCUCUUUCUCACCAACCCGACAAGAAAGGGGUACCCAGGGACUUCAUCCUACCCAUUAGUGACGUCCGGGCCAGCAUCGGCGCUGGGUUCAUUUACCCGUUGGUCGGAACGAUGAGCACCAUGCCCGGACUGCCCACACGGCCCUGCUUCUACGACAUCGAUCUCGAUACAGAAACAGAGCAAGUUCAAGGCUUGUUCUAAGUGAACAAGACUCUACUCUCACAGGACCCAAUUCAGGUUCCUGAAGCUCAAACUACUCCUUGCCUUUUGGCCGCGGUUGGAGGAGAGAAUGAAUUUGAAAUAGGCUUGUUACGCAACGCGGGAGAAGUGGUAGAAUAGGCCAAAGAUUUCUCCUUCCCGGGGCAUCCGUCUGCAGCCGAGCGCAGUGAUCAGUGAGAGGACCUCCACCACGUUGAAAAGAAACUAAUUUAUUUUCUGUUUCGGCAGCGUUUACAUUAUCUCCCACUGCUUACACUUGAGGGUGUUUAUUGUCUGGGGACAGAGCGAUUAAGAGAGUGUGAAAUAAAAGGUAACGUUUUCUCAC